AUGAUCCAAGCGCACGCCAUCGUCCGACCAGGCGCAGACUCGCCCCAUGACGACUGGAGCGGCAUCACGGACCCGACCCUCCGCCGCAAGCUGCAGAAUCGGUGUAACCAGCGGGCGGCUCGGCGGCGGCGGAAGGCUCACCAUGCUGCUGCUACUGUUGGUGGUGCUGGUGCUGGUGCUGGUGGCGGGGGCCAGAAGACGGCUGCGGAAGGUGGUGGCCGGCUGUUGGGAGACGAGGGGGGAUUGCAUCGCCAUGUGGCGCUGUCAGAGGGUCAGUGGAGGGCUCCGCCGGAUGUCGAUGGCGCUCUGAGUUUCGUGCGGCGGGCUGCUGUGGCGGUAAAGUGGAUGCCACCUGUAACUACUGCUACGGCCAAUGGGAGUGAUCACGAUGAGAAGGAGCGGCAGGAGGCACCGUCAACGUUCGCUUCUAUUCGUGCAGCAUCCAACUGCAGGGCUCACGUUCUGUCCUAUAUAACUGCCAUCCAGGCGCACGCUUCGCCUGCCACGCUUGCCAAGAAGCUCUAUCCCAUGCCUGCCGACCACCUCCUCACGCUGAUAUACUACAACGUGUAUCGCGCUCUGAUCCAGAACAUCGCCAUCUUGGGUCUCGACCUCGAUCUGAUGAACAGGGACGACUACCCCUCCCCAUUCCUGCCCAUGUCGCCCAGCGCCUCCUCCGCCAUCGCAGCUUUGCCGCCCGAGAUGAUGCCGACCCGCGUGCAGAAGACGGUCGCGCAUCAUCCGCAGUGGGACAUCUUUCCAGAUCCUCAAGUGCGCGACAAUAUCAUCACCUAUCCGCAGGAGCUCAUCGAUGACACCGAGCUGUGUCUCGAGAUGGUGGGCUCGCAGUCUCGCCUUCGGAGCGAGUCGAGUGACGAGGCCGGCUGCUACGUCUGGGGCGAACCCUGGCAGAUUGACAGCUGGGAGGUCACCGAGAGAUUUGUGCGCAAGUACUACUGGCUGUUCGCAGGAUCCACAGGCUUUGAGCGAAGCACCAAUAGAUGGAGGCGGCAGCGCGGCGUGCCGGAACUCGACUUUGCGAAACUGAUCGAGGAUGCCGAGUUGUCGAGCCCUUCCAACGACUCACUCCCGUCGGCGGGCUCGAGUGUUGAUGCGUACAGCUGA